CCGCUUGUCUCUUACACUGUGCCGAUUUCACAAUAACCCAAAUACUAUUGCUAUUGCAUAUAUUGCUUAAUAACAUCAUCUUAAGCAAUACCUCAGCAUUUGUUGAAGAUGGGGAACAUUAAUACAGUUGGGACAAAUGAGGCGCUUGUUAUUUCAGGAGGAUGUGGUGGCUCCACAGGAAGAAAGACCAUUGUUGGGGGCUGGGGUUGGUCUUGGUGCCUGGUGUCAGAUGUCCAGAGAAUCUCCUUGGAGGUUAUGACCUUGAACCCAGUAUGUGAGAGCGUGGAGACCUCUGAAGGUGUCCCGGUCACAGUGACAGGUGUGGCUCAGGUGAAAAUCAUGAAGGAGCCCGAGCUGCUGAAAACCGCCUGUGAACAGUUCUUGGGGAAGAGUGUGGCCCAUGUAGAGUCGGUGAUUCUACAGACCCUGGAAGGCCAUCUCAGGUCCAUUCUUGGUACUUUGACCGUGGAAGCAAUUUACCAAGACAGAGACCAGUUUGCCCAGCUGGUGAGAGAGGUUGCUUCCCCUGAUGUUGGUAAGAUGGGAAUUGAAGUUCUCAGUUUCACCAUCAAGGACAUCAACGACAGAGUGGAGUACCUCUCCUCCCUGGGACGAGCCCAGACGGCCAAUGUCAAGAGAGACGCAGACAUUGGUGUAGCAGAGGCAAACAAGGAUGCAGGAAUCAGGGAAGCAGAGUGUGACAAGCAAUUGAUGGACACCAAGUUCAUGGCUGACACAAAGAUUGCAGACUCCUCCAGGCAGUACCAGAUGAUGAAAGCUUCAUUUGACAUGGAAGUCAAUGCCAAGAAAGCUGAGGCUGAAUUGGCCUAUCAGCUUCAAGCAGCCCGUGAGAGACAGAGGAUCAGGCAGGAGGAGAUUGAGAUUGAGGUGGUGGAGAGGAGGAAGCUCAUUGAUGUGGAGGAGAAGGAAAUCCUCAGAAAGGAGAAGGAACUGAUAGCCACUGUCAAAAGACCGGCAGAGGCGCAGGCUUACAAGGUCGAACAGCUGGCUGAAGGUCAGAGGAAACAAACAGUGGAGGCUGCCCAUGCUGAGGCUGAGAGGAUCCGUUUGAUUGGUGGAUCAGAGGCUGGAGCCAUCGAAUGUGUGGGCAAGGCUGAAGCAGAAAAGAUGAGACUGAAGGCUUCAGCUUACAAACAAUACGGAGAAGCUGCCAUGUUGUCUCUGGUUCUAGAGACUUUGCCAAAGAUUGCUGCUGAGGUUGCCGCUCCUCUGUCCAAGACUGAUACUAUAGUGAUGGUCGGGGACGACAGAACCACCAGUGAAGUGAGCCGCUUAGUGAGUCAGCUACCUCCUGCUGUCCAGGCCCUCACAGGGGUUGACCUCUCUAAGGUUGUUGGGAAAAUCCCUGGUGCCACAUCCUAGAACAAGUGUGGUGUUAUUCUAAACUCUGCAUGCUUUUUUAAUGGGACAUAUAGAUUCCAUUGUGAACAUUGUGUUACUGUUUGUGUAGAUUUAUUUUACACUUGCUGAUAUCUUAAACUCAAAUCCAUUAAUAGCAGCAUCUACCAUCAUAGUCUUGUAAAGUUUAUACACCCAUCAGAUAACUAAAGAUUAUAUCAUGUACCAUUUAGAUACAGUCUACUUUUCAUCAUUUACUAGUCAUUAUCAUUUUUUUAAUUAAUUGAAAAGUAACAGUAAUUUACCAAUAAUAGAAAAAAUUAUAUAACAAUGGAAUUUCAAAAGCUAUGUGUUGCUCAAAUAUAUAGAUAUAUAGAAAAUGGAAUGCCUUAAAUCACAUUUGUUAAAGAUAUCAAUCACUGUCUGUUUAGUACAUUGACAUGCACCGGUGCAUUGUACUUGUAUGUAACGGUACAAUAUUUUACCCAUGCGUUUAACAAAAUUGUUUUUUUAAAAAGGGUUAGUGAAAAUGAAUUUUGGUUUGUAUUGGACAGAUUACCAUUGUUACGCAACAGCAGUGAUGGCUAUUGCAACAAGGUAUUGCCCUGCUGCUACACAGGAUUAAGAGAUGAGAACUUGUUAUCUUAACUGGCAGCUAAAUGUCCUUCUUGUAUUUUAAGUUACCAGAAAACCUAAAUGUUGUUUUACUAAAUCACUUUACUUGUUUUAUUUGGUAAUGAAUCUUUUUAUGUUACUUUUUAUCUUUUUUAAAUUGUUCUUAUUGGCAUUACCACAUUUGAAUUGAACAACUGCACUAUCAGAGGUCUAUUCACAAAAGACAGUAUAGCUUUUAUUGUUCUUGCUUGUUUUUUCAGAAAAAUGCGAAUAAAAAAAAUAAUUUGUGUCAGACUGACCAAUUGCCAUAAUCAUCUCAAAAAUAACCUUCAGUUUUAAAUUCAAAAUUUGAAUUGUUCAAUUGUUGGUACACACUGUUCCAUUUUUGGAACUCCAUAUACAUGUAGCUUUUGUGUAAAGUAUUGAUAUUUUAAAGAUACUAUGUUUGUAUUAGAACAUCUUUGUUUUCCCACCCAUAGUAUGUUUAUCAUUUAAUUAGCAAUAUUAUUCAGCAAAUUAGGAAAGCUGAUUGUGUAUUUAUUCUGGUUAUCAAUGUACUUUGUACUUAUAUGUGUACCUUGGAAAUAAAUUUGAAAAAUA